UCCUCCAAUUAGUCUGUCUAAAGCCAGGAAGUGUUGUAAAGGGUGCUAAAAACUCCGCAGAUAAUGGGCAAAUAUGCCUGACCAGAACAGCUGUCAUAAAGAUUUUUAACCAUAUUCACUGUCGUCAUUACACAAGCUACAUCCAAUUGCGUAUCCAUCAGCACUUCAUUUGUCGGCGGGUUUGAUACUUUGACUGGACAGGAUCAUCUGAAGCGAGGAGUCGUCCUGGGCGUGUUUGCUCUAAGAUCUGUGUAUUUUAUGUGCAUGGCCCUUGGUGUGGGAGCACCAUGAGUGGGGAGCCUGAUGCCUUGGCUGUGGUGAAUCAGCUGAGGGACUUAGCUGCUGACCCCCUCAACAGACGAGCUAUUGUCGAAGAUCAAGGCUGCUUGUCAGGCCUCAUUCUCUUCUUCGACCACCCCAAUCCACAAGUCGUCUACUCUGCGCUAUUGGCGGUGCGCUACCUGGCAGAAUGCCGUGCCAACAGGGAGAAGAUGAAGGACGAGCUGGGAAUGAUGCUGAGCCUGCAGAACGUCAUGCAGAAGGGCACGUCGCCAGGCGAGACCAAGCUGCUAGCUUCUGAGAUCUACGAGAUCCUGCAGAACUCCAGCAGUGCAGAAGGCGAACAGGCAGAAGCAGCCACCUCUUGCAGAAAAAAAGCCCAAUUUUUCCUGGGCUCAACGAACAAACGGGCCAAAACAGUGGUGCUUCAGAUCGACGGGCUUGAUGAUUCGGCUCGGAGGAGUCUUUGUGAAGAAGCCCUGCUAAAGAUCAAAGGUGUCAUCAGCUUUACCUUCCAGAUGGCUGUGAAGAGAUGUGUGGUGAGGAUCCGUUCAGACUUGAAGGCCGAGGCGUUGGGAACUGCUAUAGCUUCAACCAAAGUCAUGAAGGCACAGCAUGUAGUGAAGGGGGAAGAUGGAUUGGAUAUUGUAAUCCCAUUCCAAGGGGACUCGGAUGUGGUGGUCGAGCAGAACAUAAAUUUGCCGGAUUAUCUGCCUGAGGACGAGAGCCUGUCUCAGGAGCAGCACAAGGCUGUGACACGACUGGGCUCCGUGCAAGAUGGCGUGAGCUGGCUGAGCACGGCCGCCAACUUCCUGUCCCGUUCAUUUUACUGGUGACCCCACGACUCCCCGCAUGCCCCGCCCCUUUACAACCCGCCCUCGACGUGCCAGACUGCCGAGCGCAUCCGCAAUAAACGUAUAACCUUGUUCCAACUAUAUAAAAGGCUACAACAGGCGGCUGUAAAUGGUACGCGAUCCAACCUGCUCCUGAAACUCACGUUAGCGCUGCAUACGCACCUCACGAGACACUAAAACCUGAGAGCAACCGGGAGAAGUUCACAGAAAGCAUUUCAUGUGUAUCUGCUCUCUCUUAUUCACCUUUUAUGUUUGGUCAUGGGAAGGUUUUCAAACGAUGCGCCCCAGAUUCUCCUUGCAGGUUUGCUUCUGUUGAGACUAAACAACGCCUUGGGGGUUUCGCCAGGCGGGUCGUACCUUGAGGUUUUCUAAAUUUCUACAAAUUUGGGUGCUUUCUGACGUGUUCUAACCCUUCAUCUCAGCUUUCUUGUACAUUUUAAAAAAUUUUGUUUGUUUUUCAAUUAUUUGAUAAUCCUAAUAUUACUUUAUUCAUCAGCACUUUUCAAAGCAUGCAUAUUUUUUUGAACUGUGUGUGUCUUUGCUAUGUAGCUUGUUGAUUAAUUUUCUCGGUUUUAAAUCCUCUUUUUUUGCUUCGUCUGAACUUCUAAAGCCUUCUGAAGAUGUGAUUUUUAGGUUUGAAAUGUGUAGUGAUGGUUCACUCUUCCUCACAGAGCUCAUUUCACAUAAAACAUAAUUAAAACACCUGCACUGGUUGGUGUGCAUUAAUAAUAAUUAACGGUUUAACGCCUCCAGUAAAGAGAAGCCACCAGAAAAUAGCUGUUACUAUGUGUGAAAAAUUGCUAACCUUUUAUGUUACAGCAUGUGCCAAACACCAGAUAACCUUCUUUACACUAGCAAAAUAUGUUGUAAAAUAGCUCUGACCCUUUAGGAAUUGAUAUUAUAAACUUUUUUUUUUGUACCUUUCUUAAACGUCAAUGCAGUUUUCCUUUAUGCCAUGCUGACUAUUUAUAAAAUGUUUUUUUUUGUGUGGGAGUGUGUGUAUUCCUAAAUACCAUAAAUCUGAAUGUUUUGUUCAGGGCCUUUCAUACACACGGUCAUUUGUAAUGUGGGUUUUUGCUAGCCAAAAGUAUGAUCCGGUUUCUGACCGGUUAUGUGCACGUCACCUCUGCAUGACCAUCAAUCACCCCUUGAGAUUUCCCUGACCGACGGUGUCGUUUAACAGUUUAGAUAAUCAACUGACCUCACAUAUUGCAUUCAGGGCGUUCAGUCCGCUCAGGGAUGUGUGUACGUUGUCCUGCAACUGAUGGGUCUCAUGUACAUCGCAGUUUAACGCCGGUGCGUUCCCAAAAGGAGACCUACACACAUCGAUAUCAAAAUGAGUUAAACCAGUAUAUGUCCUUUCCUAAAUGUACCUUUUGUUUUUUUUUUUUCACCUUAUGCUGGAAAACUUGGGUUGUCGUAAGGUAUCAGUGUUUGCACCCUUUUGCUUUUUUCCGCAUAAUCAGCAAUACUUUAAGACU